CUAUAUAGUCCGUUCGUCUUAUAUAAGUAUUAGAAUUAUAUUCAAUACAAUUGUUGAAUCCCAUCUAUCAACGUCAAACAACAACCAACCAUGCCUUCCUACACUCUCCACUACUUCAACCACCGUGGCCGUGCUGAGAUUUGCCGUAUGCUGUUUGCAGCUGCUGGUAUCCAGUACAAUGAUCGCAGGAUCGAGUCUUCGGAAUGGAACAACAUGAGAAGCAAGAUGCCAUGUUCCAUGAUGCCAAUCCUGGAGAUUGACAACAGACAUCAAAUACCCCAGAGUAUGGCUAUUGCUAGAUACCUAGCCAGAGAAUUUGGUUUCCAUGGUAAGAGCAAUAUUGAGAUGGCCAGAGUCGACUACAUUUCAGAUUGUUUCUAUGAUAUUCUGGAUGACUAUAUGAGGAUGUACCAAGAUGGUAACUGUAGAAUGAUGUUUCAGAGAUCUGGAGACAGAAGUAGUUCAUCGGAGAAACGCAUGAGAUACCAAGAGACUCUGCGAAGAAUAUUACCAUUUAUGGAACGCACCUUGGAAAUGUACAAGAAUGGUAACCAAUUCUUUAUGGGAGACCAGAUGACCAUGGCUGAUAUGAUGUGUUACUGUGCCCUUGAGAACCCACUAAUGGAAGAUCCCUCUAUCCUUAGUAGUUAUCCCAAAAUGCAGGCUCUGAGAAAUCGCGUGAUGAGCCAUCUUAAGAUGUCUCCCUAUCUGAAGAAACGUUCCAGCACCGAAUUCUAAGAGAAAAUAAAUAUCAAACUAAAACUGAUGAUCGAUAUUCUCAACACAAUGAGAUUGACCGAAUGAACGUCCAACAAAUGUUAAUUGACCAAAGUAGUUACAAAAUAUGAAUAACAAAUCCAACACGACAACCAAAACAAAUAAAAUGAAAGUAUCUUCAUGAAUUUUGUUUGUUUUAAUUUAUUAUUUUAAUAUUUCCAAGAAAGAAAAACCGAAAAAAGACAAAAAAUGUAAACGUUAUAGAGAACUCCGAAAAUAAUAUCAUUUCCAGAAUAUCAAGUUUUGAAAUCUUUGUUCACCAAUGUCUGAUCUUUUUUUGCAACAUUUGCCGCAAAUAAUUUUGAAAAUUAAUAUAAAAUAUUUGAAAUAUA